AUGCACGCCGCGAUACUGGUGCUGGCGCUGUGCAGUGCGGCGCACAGUCUGCCGAUUAGACGCGUCUCAAAAAACUCUGGUGAUAUUUUAACAAAUUUUCACACAAAUAUACCACCAGAUAGGAUUCAUCAAAUAGAAGCUGGCGUCAGUGAAUCCCUGCUGAAAGCGCUCACGGAUGCACAAAAAAUGCACAUGAAAAGGAAGCAGUUCUUAGUGACGUCACCGACGGAUCAACACGAGGACAACGUGAAUGGAAGGACCGAUGUCUACGAAUUUGAUCUUUUCGAACGUGACUAUUAG